GUGAUAUUUCAUGUCGUAUACAUUUUUGAUUAUUUAUUUUGUAUAAUAUUUUGUAAAUAUUUUACAUUAUUAUGGAUAAUUUGUUUAAAAAGAGAAUAUCUGACAGGGAUAUGCCUUCUGAGUUUUCCACGCACACGAUUAAAGUAAUAAAUCGUAUUGAAGAGCGUCCAAACGUGAUGGGAAUUAUGUAUUUCCGAAAUGAUUUCCUACAGCUAGCCACAGUGCCUGAAAAUAUGGUUUAUCCGCUAUCUAAUAAACUACCCGCGCUCUCCUCAAUUUUCCGACGAGUUAUAAGCGAAAUCGACGUGUUAGACGAACUGAUCGCAUUUAGAAUCGAGACCAACUUGAUGGAGAUUAUUGUCACCGGUAGCAAAGAAUUCUCAGCGUGUGUGGUGCAACAAGUUGCUAAGAAAAGCAAGAAACGUGGCAAGAAAUAGAUUACCUAUUAAUUAAUAGAGGUAGAUCGUUAAAUAUUAAUUAAAAUGAAAAUAAUUUCCAACUUAUUAAAGAAUUUUCAAGACGAAUGGCUCGUUCGAACGACGGCCUCUUUAAAUGAGAUAAAUCCUAUAGUCGACAGGAUCAUGGAGGACGAAUCAGUAGAGGGUGUGGUCAUGACAAAUCAAGAGGGAGAACCAGUUCUAACAAAUAUUAAUUUAAUGAAUGCAACUAACUACGGCAUUGCUAUGCGUCGUCUGGGUAUUAUGACACAAACCGCCAUCAAAGAGCUGGAUCCAUUCGAUGAAGUUCUCAUAUUGAGGUUAAAUACAAAGAAAAUAGAAAUAAUGACGGCUCCACAUAAAGAAUUCAGCAUUACGGUUAUGCAGCAUUCAAGGAUAAAAUCAAAACAAAAGAAAAAUGGAUAGUUUAAUUACCUAUUGUGCUAAUAAGUCAUUUUAAUCUAUAGUUUUAUUAAUGUUAAACGA